AUGGAGUAUAAAUGUUCUGUAAGCCUGACAAAGGCAUUGAUAUUAUUUGUGCUUGUCAAUUAUGGAAGUAAAGAUCCAAAUAGGCCGUGUGUUGCGUGUGGUUCGUGCCCAAAAAGUAAAGCGUCACCAUAUGAUAGACGAGGCUGUACUAACUGCAACACGGCUAAAUCACGAUGCUGUGAUGGGUUCAUUAAUGACUAUUUCCAGAACGACCAGUUUGAGAACUUGUUCUCAAACCGGGACUCCCUUGAGGCCCAUGCAAAGGGCUUUUGGGACUACCACUCUUUUAUCGCUGCCUCUGCUCACUACCAGCCCUACGGCUUUGGUACUACCUACAUCAACUCCACCUUCUUUGGAACCAAAGAAGUCGCAGCUUUUCUUGCCCAUGUUGGCACCAGAACCUCCUGUGGAAAUAAAGUGGCCAGUAAGGAGCCAUUAGAAUGGGGUUUAUGCUAUAAUAAGGAAAUGAAUUCCAACUCGAAUACUUAUUGUGAUGAGCAUGACAAAAACAUUUAUCCCUGUGCUCCUGGAGUUGCAUACUAUGGCCGGGGUGCUUUGCCUAUCUAUUGGAACUACAAUUAUGGAGAAGCUAGUAAAGAUCUAAAGGUGGAUUUGUUGAACCAUCCAGAAUACAUUGAACAAAAUGCUACCCUUAGCUUCCAAGUUGCAAUUUGGAGGUGGAUGACACCAAUUAUGGAGCAUCAACCUUCAGCACAUGAUGUCUUUACUGGCUACUGGAAACCCACAAAGAAUGACUCUCUCGCCAAGCGAGUUUUUGGUUUUGGAGCUACCAUAAAUGUGCUUUAUGGAGAUCUUGUUUGCGGUCAAGGUGAUAAUGAGUUCAUGAACAACAUCAUAUCUCAUUACCUAUAUUACCUUGAUCUUAUGGGUGUUGGUCGAGAAGAAGCAGGGCCUCAUGAAGUGCUCAGUUGUGCUGAGCAAGUUGCUUUCAAUCCAACCCCUUCCUUGUCUCCUUGAUCUUUCUUUAACUAAUCCUUUUUUUAUAAAGUAAUGCAUUAAUAUGGUUCUACGAACAUAUAUAUUAAGUAACCGAAGGAAAAGUUCAAACAUGAAGAGGGAAUAAGAGCUUUUAUAAUCUGCUUGUAUGUUUUUGUGUGAAGCUAAACUUGCUUAGACAAUAAAAGUUUGAAUGGAUUGGCAGCUGCCUUUUGCUA